UAUACGUCAUAUAUGGUUUCCAACAAUAGGAGCUAAUGGACCAUGUAGUAUUGAAACAAAUUUUGGAGAUAAUUUUGAAAAAGAUUUUAAAUAUGAAAGUGCUCGUGGUUAUGGACCUGGUGGACCUUUAUUAAUUUCUGAUAAAAGACGACCAAAACUUAGUCGUAAUAGUAGUAGUACGAGAAGUGCUCAUGCUUUAGAAUCGAGUAGUCCUCGUAUUAGAAAUGAUUAA